AUGCAUGAGAAGUUACCAUCACAGAACUACUGUAUCUUUACUGGCAAUCUUUCUGCAUACAGCAACAAUGCACAGCAUUUUGCAUUUGGAUUUCAAUCACCAUCUCAAAUGAUGCUUAUGAGAAUUUCUCAGUCGUUUUGUCUUGAUACAACACAUAACAUCUCUGCACGCAACAUUGAAAUAUUAUACUCGCUUGUUACUCAUCAUCCUGAUACUGAAAAAGGGUCUCCUGUUGCAUACAUGAUUACAAACGAUCAUAGUGUUGGCCCCAUUAAUCAAUGGCUUGUACAUCUUUACGAGAAAAGCUGUUUCACUCCCUUAUAUAUUACCAUCGAUUGUAGUAUUGCUGAAGUUAAUGCAAUUACAGCAGCAUUGCCACAGACCAUCAUCCAUUUCUGCAAGUUUCAUGUUUUGCGUGCCUGGCAGCAUAAUUUAGACAGCAAAGUAAAGCUUGAUGCUUCAUACACAUCAGAACAACUUGACAAAUACAAGUAUGAGCUCAAGGCCGAUCUCAAAAAUAUACUUAUUGAAUCAGAUGAGAAUGAAUUUUUGAGAAAAAUCCAGGAGUUUAGGCUUCGUGUACAAAGUCAGCAACAAUUCCUGGCUUAUUUCAAACGUAAAUGA